AUGUUCUGCAAAAAUCACCUUCGCUCAAGGACAACUGGAGUAGUAUUCAUCAUGGGUCUUUCAAUCGGUCAUCACGUUCGGAGCCACAUGGGUCUCUCCUGUCCAUUGCAAUCGGUCGUAGGGAAAUCUGCGGAGCUCAAUUCAACUGCGCUGCACGUGAAGUGCAAAUCGGAGGCUCCAGAGACCAUAUCUGAAACCAUUUACAACAUUUCAAUCCGAAAGUGGCUGCGGAACGAACGAGACUGGAGGGAGAAGAUUGUACGCAGCAGCCCUGAGGUCUCUGAAUUAUCGAAAGAUUACAAAGCAAAGCUUGACAGCAAUCUGUCCCGUCAAAAGUUGCUCUCGUCGAAGCACUUCAGUGGCUGGGAGUUAGCAUGGCAGCUUGCAAUGGCGGAAAGUCGAAUUGCUCUGAUCGAAACAGAGAUCCGUGAUGCUCGCAUCUUCAUCGGAAAGCAGGCUGGCAAGAUGUCCCGCUCGAACAGGCGGUCCAAGCUGCACUCACGAGCUAAACGUAGGGCUUGUAACGAUAACACCUCCAGAGCUUCUGAUUCUCUCCAAAAUGAGCUGGUAAAGCUGCUUCGACAAAUGGUGACUCUCAGGAAAUCUAAUCUAGAGCUUAGAGAGCAGCUUGACAAGCCUGCUUUAGAGCUUAAUCUUACUGUGCAGCAGAUUGUGAAGCAUCAUCUCUCCAAGAGGGCUGAUGUCACCGGUCCACUUUACGCUGUCGGCAUUGCGAUCAGAAACCGGUACCUGGAAAACUGUGCGUAUCACUCGCGGAACAAAGAAAUCGUGUUGGCUGGCAAUGAAGCUGCACACAAUGGAAACGCUCUCGCAGAUGCAAUCUUGUAUCAUCCUAGCGAAGCCAAUCACCGGAAGGAUACUUUGACUUAUUUAAAGAUCUAUGGAUUGCUACCCCACACAGUCUGGAAACACAAUCGCUGCAAACCGUUCCUGCAACUGGUCACUUGGUACGGAACUGUCAAACGAUGGCACCCCCACAAUUUUUCCUUCACAGAAUUUGCUAAGGCAUGGCCAGCGGACUUCUUCAAAAAGUACUCCAAGCCGCAACCUGAGAUCUUCCAAGCGGACUUUGCGAGGGGAAAUAUGACUGAUCUCAUGAAGCUUAUCGAGGCAAAAUACACCAUUGAAGCAAAGCAGAACAGAAGCAAAUACCAGUGA